CGAUCGCGACGGUUGGAUUUUUUGCUUGGCUCGAAUGAUCUUCGGUCUUUCCAAUCUUUUUUUUUUCACGGUCCGAAUGCAACGACGUGAAAUAAUUAAGUUUAGAGUGCAUUUUGAGAUUUUUUUGCUGAGUGAUUCUUUCAUGAAAGAAUUUUCUUGAUCUUCUGUGUCGGUGGAAAAAGCAGCAACAGCGAAAUUCUCAUGUUUGUUUUUGGUUGAACAUUCAAAAGAUCUAUUUGCGAAUUUGCCGUGUCUGCUCCAAUUUUGUGGAUAUUUUAAUGCAGUCAGUGUGUUGUUAUUCAGAUUGGCAGUAAUUAUAAAAGAAAUAAGAAUUGAGGAGUGAAUAAAAGAAAUUUUAAUAGUUUUUGAAAAGCUACAAGACGUACAUAAGGUGGAUUUACAUGUAAAUAACAAAACGAAGGAAUAUAAAAAAUAAAAUUAAAAUUUAUAGAAUAAGUGAUCUGAUUUUGUGAAUAUAUAAAUAUUAAAGAGACGAGCGAGAUAUCGAGGGUGAAACAACAAAUCCAUCAGAACAAAUUUAAUGAAAGUAUGCAAUUUGAACGUAAUGCAUUGAAUCAUUCAACGAACAUCAUCUCAUCAAAAGCCCCAUCCUUUAAUUCCACAUCCAAUAUCGAUACAUUGAAGUACAAUCUCUUUCAUCAUAGCUUGAGUAACGAAAAUUACGUGAAAUCUCCAUCGACAACCAGCUCAGAGGAGGGUAACUCACCGACUGAGCUGAACAACUGCCGGAAACUAUUGGAGAAGCCUCCUCUAAUCCUUUUAUCAUUUUUAUUAAAGGUUAAGCGUCUUACGAUGGGAAUUUUAAGGACACAAGAAGACAGUCGACCACUUGUACACAAUAAAUCAUCAUCAAUAACAUCAUCCGACUCAAUUCAGACAAUCUCUGAUGGCUAUGUGAAUGAGGGAGUUUGUGAUUCAGAAAAGACAGUCAGUAAUAAGUUCGGUGACUCCUGUAGACAAUCAUUUAAUCAUCAAACAUUUCAAAUGCAACCACUAACAUCAUUAAGUAAUCCAAUUCCACUCAAUACACUUAAUCUUAAAAAUGGACCGAAAACGAAUGUCAUAACGACAUCGGCAACUGUUCAUGCCAGUGAUAAGACAACAAAUUUUAGUGCAAGCUAUAAUUACAAUGAGACUAAUUUUUGUGACUUUGACUAUAAAAAGAGUUUCAGUACAGCACCGUCAUCACCAACAGAUAAACGGAUUGUUCCACCAAUUUUGCCACUUAGAAAUGAUGCUUUAACAUUAGCUGAACAGAAUGACUUAAAAGGUGCGCCGUGGUUUCAAGCAGGUUUACCAAGAGAAAUAUCCUUAGAGAUUCUAUCGCGUCAAAAUCCAGGCGCAUUUCUAGUGAGACAAAGUGAAUCAAAAAUGGGAUGCUUUGCAUUAUCUUUGCGCGUUCCGGCACCGUCAAAGAAUAAGGUUGCACACUAUUUAAUCCUUAGAACACAGCGGGGAUUUAAAAUAAAGGGAUUUACAAAAGAAUUUUCAUCAUUACGAGCAUUAAUCACACAUCAUUCUGUCAUGAAGGAACUUCUUCCCAUUCCUUUGAGUUUGCCACGUCAGCAUGAAAUACAUCAACGACAUGAUCUCGAUGAUUUAGAUAAUCUUUGGUAUAUUAAGUAAUGUAAAUUAUUCUCAUUAGAUGUGCCGUAAACCGAAGGCAUCUGUGCAGCUAAGGGGGAUCGUUUGGAUGGCAUGGAGCUGCUUCCUUCCUUCCUCAACGGAAAAUUUAAAUAAGGUUGUUCAGUUAUGAUGUCAUAUGACGUAGUGGAGAUAUAUCCUUCAGACGACAUAAUUGGACCCCCUCAAAAUAAAUCAAAAAAAGCUAGUAGCUACAUAGCAUCGAAAUGACCCCCCAAAAAAUACAUUAAACAAAUCUUAAAGUAAAUAUUUUUGUAUGGAGAUGAAAAUAGAGAAAAAGUGAUAAUGAAAUAUUAUUUAAUUAGAUUUUUCUUUCCAAUUUUUUCUUCUUCUUAAAAUAACAAUCAAUAAAAUUUUAUAGCC